AUGCUUCGGACUGCUGGAAGACUAGCACUUUUGGCCGCCAAAAGCGGUCCUAUUCGACCAAAUUUGCAUUUCGCUCGCUCUCCCAGAUUGAUAUCCAAGAUACCAAAUCUACAAAGAUGGAACUCGUCGCAAACAGCCAAGGUGGAUCAGCAGUACAUGAUUGCAUUCACUUGCAAAAAAUGCAAUACCCGCUCAUCACACACGUUCUCGAAACAGGCGUACACGAAGGGAACCGUCGCCAUACAGUGUCCUGGAUGCAAAAAUAGACAUUUAAUUGCCGAUAAUUUGGGAGUUUUCAAAGAUCAACGCAUUAACAUCGAAGACCUUUUAAAGGCUAAAGGCGAGUCUGUAGCGACGGGAACGGAAGACCUUGUUUUCGAGGAUAUACCAGAGAGUUUGAGGAAUACUAUUGGUCACUACGCCAAGGAUGCUCCGGAAGAGUUUCGUCGUGAUGAUGACGACAAAGUUCAUUAUCUCGAAGAUAAAAACGACACCAAAGAAAAUAAAUAG